AGACGUUUCCUGCGCAUGCGCAAGACUUGUGACACGUGUGUCAGCAGCAGCGGCAGCAGCAGCACCGCCAUGGAGGAGAAGCUGAACUUAGAUUUGGAGAAUUUUUCCAUGGAGCCAUUUUUUGACGACCUCGUGAAGGCAAUAACAGAAGACCCUUCAUUUCUAAUUGGGAUUUUUGUCGCUGUAGCUGUUGUUAUUAUUACAUUCGUGUUUCUGAAAAUUUUUCUGGGCUCUAAGAAGACAAGAAACGCAGUUUUACUAGUUGGUUUAUGUGACUCUGGAAAAUCUCUGAUCUUCAGCCGGCUGCUAACAGGGAAAUUCACCCCAACUGUGACCUCCAUCAAAGAGACUAAAGCUCCAUACAGAGCAAAAAAUGAGAAGAGAACCAGCUGGACUCUUGUGGAUAUUCCUGGUCAUGACAGAGCUCAGUUUGUGGAUAAGUUCAAGGAGACAGCCAGAGCGAUCGUGUUCGUGGUGGACAGCGUCCUGUUCCAGAGGGAGGUAAAGGACGUGGCCGGGUUCCUUUACUUCCUCCUGACUGACAGCGUGCUGAUGAACAACACUCCGACCUUAUUGGUAGUCUGCAACAAACAAGACCUCACCAUGGCGAAAUCGGCCAAACUGAUUCAACAGCAGCUGGAGAAAGAACUAACCACUCUGAGAGUGACUCGACUGGCGGCGCUCUCGUCUCAGGACGGCUCGGUUCGUUCCACGGUUCACUUGGGGAAGAAAGGCAAGGACUUUGAGUUCUCUCAGCUGCCCAUGAAAGUGGAGUUUUUGGAGUGCAGCGCGUUCGGCAGCGUCGAGGAAAAAGGCGCCGGAAUCGAGGCUUUGGAGAAGAGUUUGGCCAAAUUAUGAACAGAGGAAUAAACAAAACGGGUCGCCGUUAGAAAUCUACAAAGUCGUGCGUUUAGACUCGAAGUCUUUUAUUACACAGUAUUGUUUUGUAUAGUACACUUACAUCAGUUAGUGUCUUUACUUUGUUCCAGUUUUGUGAGGUUCUUCAUCCCAAACAUUCACACAGGUUUAUUUAUACAGACUACACACUUCAUCCAGAAGGGUUUCAUUUAACACCAUAAACUUUCUUUUUUUUUAAGGUACCAGGAGUGUUACCGUGUUUAAACAUUUAUUUCGACGUCACUCCGCGCCUGCUUUGUGCCUUACGUCUAAAAUGUUUGACUGUGUAUUUACGCUAACUCCUUAGGCUCUGAGUUGAAUCCUGUAAAUAAACUGUGUGGUUUUUGCA